AAUUAUAUCCACCUCAACAUGGGAAAUAACAGUACUAAACAGAAAUACGACCCUCAACCAAGCUUGCUGGGCAACCUUGAGCUUUGUAGCGAUGAGAGGCUAGUCGCAACCUUUCGAUUCGAACCGUGCUAUUGGGAAAAGCAUCUAUCCUCAAGCAAGUCGUUUCCCGUUGGAAUCGGAUCGGUGGACGGCAUUGGCCACUUGACAGAUAUGAGGCUUGUCCUCUUCUGGGAUGUUCAGAACGCUUUGAUGAAGGAGGCUGGAGAAAAUACCUCUGAGUUUAUCGGUACCGCCCUGGACAGACAACAUCAUGAGAUCCUCGGGGGUGCCCUUAGCGUAGCGGCAAAACUGUCUUCCCGCUCCCGCGAACUGAUGCAGAAGAAUGCUCGUUUAUUCCCGCCUAAUGGGGUUGCAACAUGGGUAUUGCCCGUCACCGACGGCGUCGACGAGUCGCAUCUUGGUACGACCCCCUCUGAUGACGAUGAAUGCCUGGGCCGGACGAAGUAUGGCGUGUAUUUUCCCGUCAGUGGUUCCCUUGGAGGACCUAUUCAGCAGAUGACAUUUCGGCCAGACUUCAUCGACUCAGGCUGGAACAACGAUGGGUGGGCUGAGGAAUUCGAAGAGGUUUUAAACUCAAAGAUUGGAAUCAAGUCGGAAAGGAUUGAUGAAGUGAAAUUUACUACACACGAAUUCAUACCAGAAGCCGAAGAGUAUAUUCGCAACUCAAACUAAGAAGUUGAAUAAUUUAUAGAUGUCUUGAAAUGACCUUGGUUCGCAUAUGUCAUGG